AUGCCCACCAUCAAAAAGAACAACACGCAGUACACAGGUGAGUGUUUAAUAAAUUAUAGGUAAUAUCAUUUGCUUGAAAUCAACAAUGACAAUAUUUUUACAUUACAGACUUUGAACUAAGGGCAAGGCAAGGAUUUUAGUUAAAGCAAAUAAAUUAAUAUCAACCAUUUCUCCAAAAAUUGUAGAGCCAAGUUGAAAAUGUCUCCGACAUUCCUCUUGGUUGCCGUAUUGUUGAUGUACAAGUAUUGCAAAAGGGUCUUUCGACUUGCAGUUAUUGUUCUAAAGGUUUGUGCUUUUAUCAAACUAAGCUGAUGUAUACUUCCAAAAUAAAAUUUUCCUUCCAUUGAUCAACCUAAAUCUCCCAGCUGCAGGAUUUUUCUUGAUAUUCCAUAUUGAUGUGCUAUUGAUUGCAUUCCAGCAUCUAGAUAAUAUGUUGAAAAAUUGGGUUAGAGUUACAUUUAUGUUACAUUACAAUUUAAUAUACUUAUCUUAUUUCAGGCCCAUUGUCAUUGAACAACAUCAUAAAGGAAGAUAUGGUUGCUGUUGCAAGCAUCUUGUAUAUCAAAUGCAAUCUAUGUGGCAAAAUCAACAAGGUUAAAACAUCUUCUGAACACAGAAGUGGACAACGUGGACGAUUAACCUUCAACAUUAAUUCUAGAGCAGUACUUGGUUCACUUCAAGCUGGUAUUGGUAAUACCCACCUGAAUAACCUAUUUGCAACAAUGAAUGUACCAACGAUGAACAACAGGACAUUCAAGUCAUGA